AUGUUUCAAACAUGCCAUAAUCCUCUCUCUCUCUCCUCUCUCAUCUCUCUCUCUCCUCUCUCCUCUCCUUCUCUCUCUCUCCCUCUCUCUCUCUCUCUCUCUCUCUCUCUCUCUCUCUCUCUCUCUCUCUCUCUCUCUCUCUCUCUCUCUCUCUCUCUCUCUCUCUCUCUCUCUCUCUCUCUCUCUCUCUCUCUCUCUCUCUCUCUCUCUCUCUCUCUCUCUCUCUCUCUCUCUCUCUCUCUCUCUCUCUCUCUCUCUCUCUCUCUCUCUCUCUCUCUCUCUCUCUCUCUCUCUCUCUCUCUCUCUCUCUCUCUCUCUCUCUCUCUCUCUCUCUCUCUCUCUCUCUCUCUCUCUCUCUCUCUCUCUCUCUCUCUCUCUCUCUCUCUCUCUCUCUCUCUCUCUCUCUCUCUCUCUCUCUCUCUCUCUCUCUCUCUCUCUCUCUCUCUCUCUCUCUCUCUCUCUCUCUCUCUCUCUCUCUCUCUCUCUCUCUCUCUCUCUCUCUCUCUCUCUCUCUCUCUCUCUCUCUCUCUCUCUCUCUCUCUCUCUCUCUCUCUCUCUCUCUCUCUCUCUCUCUCUCUCUCUCUCUCUCUCUCUCUCUCUCUCUCUCUCUCUCUCUCGCCCAUGUCUCCCCCAAUUCCUCGUGGUGCGUGCAGGCGGCAACUGCGGGUUCGGCAACAUCCUGGCGGCGGGUGCCCUGCGGGAGGGGGAUGGUGCUGCCCCUCGUGUGUGCACUUCGACCUCAAUAUGGCCUCUUUUAACCUCAUUGCGGAGCAAGUUGCGGGGCACAUACCCCUCGUGUACACCAGGGUUCCAUGUGCUUUCAACCGCAACAUCCGCCUCACGCCCACCGGUUCCGAUUUCUGGAUCAACCUGCUUGUGCGCAACGUGGCGGGCCCCGGUGACCUGGCAUCCGUCCACGUGGCAGAAGCAGGAUCCGCCACGUGGAAGCCCAUGGAACACGACUGGGGAGCUGUGUGGGUGCACCGGACAUACCUCAAGUCGCCUCUGAGGUUCCGACUUACCUCCUUAAUGGACGGGCAGGUGGUGGAAACGCCUGGCCCGUGUCUCCCUGCGGGGUGGGUAGCAGGAAAGGACUACGAUUGUGCUCCCUUACCAGGGAAGGUGAAAGAUGGUGGCAAAAGUAAUGGUUCUAUCCCUCCUAAGAAAGGCCCACCAUCACCUUCGAAGAUGGGCAGUGGGACGAAGACACCCAACCCGCCGUCAACAAACUCGUUAUUUCCUGGGACCGGAAGUGGGGGGUAA